GCGCGGGCGGGCCCGGCGGCCGGGGCGAUGCUGCGGGGCCGGUAGCGGGGCGCCAGCCGCCGAGCCGUCGCAGGCUUGAACUUACACGGAUCGCUCCCCCGAGCAGGAGCAGGAGCAGGAGCAGCAGCAGGAGGAGGAGGAGGAGGAGGGCACCGCGGCGCGAUUGACACGCAUAUGCCUGCAGGCAUCCUCCCUCGGCCCCCACCCCCACGGCCGGGUUCGGGUGGCUCCUCUCCGAGCUGAAAUCCGAGAAGAAAUCCUUGCAUCUCGCUUGUUGGCUUUUUUUUUUUUUAAAAAAAAAAAAAAAGAAAAAAAGAAAAAGAUCCAGAAACCCGUCGGUAUUUUUGCUCCACUGCUUCCCAUCCGCAAGAUGAAGAAGUUUUUCGACUCCCGGCGAGAGCAGGGCGGCUCCGGCCUGGGCUCCGGCUCCAGCGGAGGCGGGGGCAGCACCUCGGGCCUGGGCAGCGGCUACAUCGGGAGGGUCUUCGGCAUCGGGCGGCAGCAGGUCACGGUGGACGAGGUGCUGGCGGAAGGUGGAUUUGCUAUCGUGUUUCUGGUGAGGACAAGCAAUGGAAUGAAAUGUGCCUUGAAACGCAUGUUUGUCAACAAUGAGCAUGAUCUCCAGGUGUGCAAGAGAGAAAUCCAGAUAAUGAGAGACCUGUCGGGGCACAAGAACAUUGUCGGUUACAUCGACUCCAGUAUCAACAAUGUGAGCAGCGGUGAUGUAUGGGAGGUGCUCAUCCUGAUGGACUUUUGUAGGGGAGGCCAGGUGGUCAACCUCAUGAACCAGCGCCUGCAAACAGGCUUCACAGAGAAUGAAGUGCUCCAGAUAUUUUGUGACACCUGCGAAGCUGUUGCCCGCCUGCAUCAGUGCAAAACUCCUAUUAUCCACCGUGACCUGAAGGUUGAAAAUAUCCUCUUGCAUGACCGAGGCCACUACGUCCUGUGUGACUUUGGAAGCGCCACCAACAAAUUUCAGAAUCCACAAACUGAGGGCGUCAAUGCAGUAGAAGAUGAGAUUAAGAAAUACACAACGCUGUCCUAUCGAGCACCAGAAAUGGUCAACCUGUACAGUGGCAAAAUCAUCACUACGAAGGCAGACAUUUGGGCUCUUGGAUGUUUGUUGUAUAAAUUAUGCUACUUCACUUUGCCAUUUGGAGAGAGUCAGGUGGCAAUUUGUGAUGGAAACUUCACAAUUCCUGAUAACUCUCGAUAUUCCCAAGACAUGCACUGCCUAAUUAGGUAUAUGUUGGAACCAGACCCUGAUAAAAGGCCGGAUAUUUACCAGGUGUCCUACUUCUCAUUUAAACUCCUCAAGAAAGAAUGCCCAAUUCCUAAUGUACAGAACUCUCCCAUUCCUGCCAAGCUUCCUGAGCCAGUGAAAGCCAGUGAGGCAGCUGCAAAAAAGAGCCAGCCGAAGGCCAGACUGACGGAUCCCAUUCCCACCACAGAGACUUCAAUCGCACCCCGUCAGAGGCCUAAGGCUGGGCAGACUCAGCCAAACCCAGGAAUCCUUCCUAUCCAGCCAGCCCUGACACCUAGAAAGCGGGCCACGGUUCAGCCCCCACCCCAGGCUGCAGGCUCCGGCAGUCAGCCUGGCCUUUUAGCCAGCGUCCCCCAACCGAAACCCCAGGCCCAACCCAGCCAGCCUCUACCCCAGCCUCAGCCCAAGCAGCCCCAGGCUCCCCCGGCCCCGCAGCAGACGCCGGCUCCGGCGCAGGCCACACCGCAGCACCAGCAGCCGCUCUUCCUCAAGCAGCCGCCCCAGCAGCAGCCGCCGCCCCAGCAGCCGCCGCCCCAGCAGCCCGCGGGCACGUUCUACCAGCAGCCGCCGCCGCAGGCCCAGGCCCAGGCCCAGCAGUUUCAGGCCGUACACCCCGCAGCCCAGCAGCCCGCGAUCGCCCCGUUCCCCGUGGCGCCCCAAGGAAGCUCUCAGCAGCCCCUGAUCCAGAACUUCUACCAGCAGCCGCAGCAGCCGCCGCUGGCCACGGGCCUGCACCAGCCGCAGCUGCUGACCCAGAAGGCCGCCGCCGCCGCUCCGCAGCCCCCCGCAGCCCCGGCCGCAGCCCCGCAGCCGCCCCCGGCCCAGGAGCCCCCGCAGAUUCAAGCCCCAGUAAGACAACAGCCAAAGGUUCAAACAACCCCACCUCCUGCCGUCCAGGGGCAGAAACUCGGAUCUCUCACUCCUCCAUCAUCCCCCAAGACCCAACGUGCUGGGCACAGGCGGAUUCUCAGUGAUGUAACCCACAGCGCAGUCUUUGGGGUCCCUGCCAGCAAAUCAACCCAGCUGCUCCAGGCAGCUGCAGCUGAGGCCAGCCUCAAUAAGUCCAAGGGUGGGAACCUACCUAGGUCUGCAACCACCACUCCAUCAGGCUCUCCUCGGACCUCCCAGCAAAACGUUUAUAAUGCUUCCGAAGGUUCUACGUGGAAUCCCUUCGACGAUGACAAUUUCUCCAAACUCACAGCUGAAGAACUGCUGAACAAGGACUUUGCCAAGCUGGGGGAAGGCAAACAUCCUGAGAAGCUCGGAGGCUCUGCUGAGAGUUUGAUCCCAGGCUUUCAACCAACUCCCGGUGACGCUUUUGCCACUCCCUCGUUUGCUGCUGGAACCGCUGAGAAAAGGAAGGGUGGGCAGACUGUGGAUUCCAGCCUGCCGCUUCUAAGUGUAUCUGAUCCUUUCAUUCCUCUUCAAGUACCCGAUGCACCAGCUCCCAAAUACCAGACUGCCAGCUCCAUAGCCUUCCAUCUGUGCCUCUGCCAACUCCAGCCAGGCCUCCCAUCUGCUCUUAGAGGAUGAAUUAAUGAAGGCACAGCCCGCCGUGUCAGGAAGCUGCCAAACCCCAGAGUGAAAGUCGUAGCUAGGCUGAGCAGAGCUUCACCUCCAGCCCUUCCUGGAGCCUCCAGAAUUUGGACUGUGUUGCCGCCGUGUCUGAACUGUUGUAUGUACUGUAACAUUCAGCGUGUACACAAUUCAAUUCGGUGGCCUCUUUAUCCAAGGAUGUAGGUGGGAGAUACACAGGAUUGCCCUACAUUCCUCCUUACCGUCUUGGAAUGUCUGAGUGAAGAAAGGCCUGAGAGUUUAGGGGCUCUGGGACCUCAGCAAAUGGCAGGUUUGUCUUCCUCCACCUCCUGCCCCCUUAAGGACCCAGUUUUUCAUGACUUCCCACCCACUAUGGGCACCGGUCAGGCUUUUGGGUCAGUUUGUUUGUUUUGCACACAUGGUUCCCUCCACACUCCACCUCCUGAUUGUAGGAGUCAUGAAAUCUUAGACCCCUGACAACUAUAUGCCUUUUAAUGACUUAACAUUUUAUUUUAUGCUUUUAAAAUGUUCUCACACAUAAUUUCCUUUGAUCCACAAAGAAUCCUGACUGGUGGGUAUGUCAAGCAGUGUCUCAUUCUCUGGGUGAGGAGCUGUGGCCCCGGUGCUCCUGUGACAGGUGCUGUUGUACACACUCCUUUGCGUGGCCCUCGGGCCCCGGGCAGUGAAGGUUUCCUUGUCUGGAGGUCAAUAAAGCCUUUGACUGGAGAUGGAGAGCUAAACUUAAGGUUUAGGGAAAUACAAAAAUGGGCUUGAACUUGUGAGACCUGGGUUCUACCCACAGAGUAGCUCCGUGAUUUAAUCAAACCACUUAAACUCUGUAUUCUCAUCCUCAAAACUGGGGCUGUUCAAACCCACCCCAUGGAGUGGCUUGUGAGGUUUGGAUGAAAGCAUGUGUUUGCAAUUGCUUUGUAAACUUUAAAUUAGUAUAAAGAUAGGAAAUGCUAUAACAGCUUUGGUCCUGGGUCCUUAUUCCCCGUGGGCAGUCCCACUCGUAAUAAAGUCUUAGAUGAUGAUAUUUCUCCCUUACAGAAAUUAAACUUGCUUUCUAACCUUGGACCUUUGCACAACUGAGAACCAUUGAAGUAGACUUCCUUGCUAUAAUGAUUAUUAAACUGGGGGUAGAGAGGACUAAAUAAUUGGAUUUUUUUUGGGUUUUCAUAAAGGAGCAUUUCUAUUUUCCAAAGCACAAAACAAAUUUUCUUAGAAAGUCUGGCAUUAUAAAUAAAAAUUAAAAAAAAAAAAAAAGAAAGUCUGGCAUUUAAAAAAAAAAUAAAAAAUCAAAGCCGUGAGCAUUCGUGUGCCCACAGACCCGCCACAUGAAACCCAGCUCUGGUGAGUCUCAAAGCAUUUCACUGAUGCUCACGUACUGUGUGUGCAUUUAUUUCACCAUCUGUUGAGAACAGAUAAGCUAUAGGUGGUACCAAAUUUAAAAUAUGAUGGAAGAGAAUGGGAUAUUAUCCCUGAAAAUUGGCUGAAAGAUCGAAUCUUUUUUUUUUUUUAAACUGGUAAGAUAUAUACAACCCAAAGUUUACCAUCUUUAAAGUUCAUUAGUACAUUCACCUGUUUUGCAACCAUCACCAUCCAUCCACAGAACUUACGAAACUGAAACUCUCUACCUGUUAAACAGUGACUCUCCGUCCUCCCUCCUGCAGCCCCUGGCAACCACCGUUGCUCUGUCUCCGUGAACCUGGCUGCUCUACUUACCUCAUCUAGGUGCAGUCAUAUAGCAUUUGUCUUGUGACUUGCUUAUUUCAUUUAACUUAAUGUCCACAAGGUUCGUCAAUGUUGAAGCGUAUGUCAGAAUUUCCUUCCUUUUUAAGGCUGAAUUAUAUCCCAUUGUCUGCAUGUAGCCACAUUUUGUGUAUCCACUCAUCUGUUGGCCAGUGGAGUUGCUUCCGUGUUUCAGCUGUUGUGAAUAGUGCUUCACGAACAUGGGUGUGCAAAUAUCUCUCCAAGACCCAAGGUUCUUUGGGGCUUAUAUAUCCAGAAAUUGAACUGCUACAUCCUUGGUAUUCUAUUUUUAAUUUUUUGAGGAACCACUGUAUUAUUUUCCACGACUACGUCUUUUUACUUUCCCAGUAACAGAGCACAAGUUUGAGGAAAAGCUUUUCAUAGCAGCUCCUUCGUGCUGACCUCCCAACAUCCGUGUUCCACAAGCCUAAGCAGGAAUGCAUUAGUUGCCCCCUAAGUGCCGCUUUCUGGAACCAACAGCUUUUUAAAAAUGUGCCUCCUGGUUUAUGGCACUUGAUCAUCUCUUUAAAAGUAGGCAAGAGAAAGCGUGUUUUCUUAGUGGUUUGUAGUCAAGAUGGGCGUUCCUCUUCGAGCUGUGUGCUGGCGUCUUCCUCACUUCCAACUUCUGUUUUGUGAUGUUAAAAGGUCCAGAGUUGAUCACCUCUGUGUCUUUGCUCUGGGAAGUUUGUCUCUCUGCACAUUCAGUUCCCUGGAAUGAAGUUGGAAUGGGGCAGGGUAGUUGACUUUCACUUCAACUUGCAGAUGUUACAGACAGUUUGGUGUCUGGUUCUCAAUGACAGGAACUAUUUAAAGUGACUAGAUUUUAAAAACAGCAUCUCUCAUCACAAGACUUCAGACGGGAUGUAAAUUUCCAAAGCCACAAAGCUGCAGCAGCCAGACCCUCUUUUCUGAUGGGACUGCACCAAGCUCUGCCAUGUUCAGUGGUUCAAGAUGCUCAUGAUCGUAUCCCUAAUUAGGGCCGAGAUGGUCCUUGAGCAGACCCGUAGUCCUUUUAGCCUAAGUAGACACCUGGCCUUUCUCUUUUGAUAUUUUGUAAGAGAGAAAACUCACAACUUGCAGCGUAUCCCAAUCUCACAUCAGGAGGCAGUUUUGAUUACCUAACCUUAGGUUUACGGAGGGUUUAACCUUCUUACUUUGUGGUUGAUAUUUUCAAUAACUACAUCUUGAGAGAAACGAAAGAGAGGACUCCAGAAUGGAUUCACUCCUACCUCUUCCACUCUUCCCUUAGUCCCCAAUGCCCCUUGACUUAUGCUUGAGAGGAGAGAGGGGGGUGUCCAAAAGAUCCUUUUUCCAAGUCCCCUCUUAAUUUUUCAAAGUACUAACAAUCCUCUCCUUGAAGAGCACUCUCAGUUUCCAGUGCCCAGGCGAACUCCUGCAUCACUUCGCUCCAAGGGUCCACCUUGUCCACCUUCUCAGUCCUUUCACUGCAAUUUCAGUGCUUCUCCAUGCUCUUAACCAGACUCAUUUUUAUUUGGGAACCCUAGAGACUCGAAAAACAACAGAGUAUGGUAACAAGCAAGUGAUAAGAAAAUAACCACUGAUGGAAAAAUAGGAGCAGACAAUUCAUGAAAGAAGAGAUAGAAAUGACCAUUCAGCGUGUAUAUUUUUUCUAAAGUCCAUCAUCAUGAUGAAUCCAAGAAGAGCCAUUUAUGAAACAGUGAGAUGCUGCAGCCUCUGCCAUCAGCUUGGAAAGAGGGAAGACCCACCACCUCAUGGGUGACGAGUGUCUGAGAAAGCAGAAGCGCUCAGACCCUGCUAGUUGAUGUUCUCUUUCCUUUCCUAAGGGGCACCUGGGUGGCGCAGUCAGUUGGGCAUCCACCUGGUGAGUUCCUCCUCUGUCCCACCCCGCUGCCUCCUCCCACAUUUCACUUUAUGCAGGGACUUCUGCUUUUCUGAUCUCACACCAAGGCAUGGGAGUAAAACCUGGAACUCCACCCAUUCUCACUCCUGUAAUCUCAGGCACCUGGGGCUUCGUUAGAUCUCCACAAGUGGUGAAGUGUUCGUGGAGGACUUGAUUGAGGUUUGGGAUCUUAAAGAAUACUUCCUGCCCACAUUCCUGAACUCACCACCCUCUUUUCUGCACCACUCUUCCCUCCCACCACACAGAGUGUCUUUAUAUAACUGUAAGAGAGUGGAAUUCCUAACAUGAGUGACUCGAGGCCACUCCUCGAUGCCCAUGUGAGGCCUGUGGGCUGUGUCCUUGUGCCUCCCGUUACAUCCUCUUCUGGGUUCUUCGUUUAUAAUGAUCAAAAAUGAGCAACAAUAGCUUGAGAUGUGACUUCUAAUAGCCUUUACUUUUUUAAAGGAGCCAAAGCCUUAGUUAAGCCAGAAGGCGGAGUCUCUAGUGUCUAGAAGGUCUGGGUCCUAGUCCUAGCUGGGUCUGUGGCUUACCUGCUGUAGGCUCUCAGGCAGGUGGCUGCAUCUUCUGGAGCUGGUUUCUUCAUCCGUAAAUGAGAAGGCUAAUUGAAUAAAAUCCGAGGCUCCUUCCAGCGUCAACAUGUCUUUGAUGACUUGGCCGUUGUGCAUGGGGCCAAGUCUGUGUGAAACCCUAUUCUCCUGUAUUGAUGGAGAUAGGCAGGCCCUAGUGGGCAGCCUGUGGGGGAAACUGAAGUCAUGUCCAGGCUGUACCAUGCCCCGUCUGUGACUUUGAGCAAGUCGCACGUUCUCUUGGUCUCUAUCUCCAUUCUUCUGAACUCUGUCAGUAUUCCCAGACCCGCCCAGGGUUUUUUUGUGUGUGUGAAUAAAGAAUGAAAAUGUUUGACAUUAAACGCUACAGAUGGAAGUGGUGACCAUAGUUGCAGUGGCCCCUGGGCUCGCGCACUGAGACUCUUCUGUCGUCUGGGGAGCGCUGGGACUGACAGGCUGGCUUCGCACCUGCUGGCCACCUCACAUAUGCUGUGGCUCUGCUCUCACUCCUGGUUCUCUGUCUGCUACGGCUCUGUCCCUGCUCCUCCCUCCCACAUUUCAGGAUUCGAGUAUCCUCACGCAGCAGUGACCAUGCAGGUGAUCUGUGUGAGCUGAGUAGCCUGUUACUUGAGGUUUGGUCUGAAGAUAAGCCCCCUAAAUUUGGCAGCUCGCCCCAUCCCCACCCUAUUCCAUCUGUCACACACACUUUUUUUUUACCCCCCCACAUUGUCUUUUUGAUAAUGGUUAAUCAAAAUAUUAGAUUCUUGCUGAAGUACCUGACUUUACAGUUGAUCUAGUCUCCUCCCCACCUCCCCAUGGAAGCCAAAAGGCAGAGAUGUGAAGUAGGGUAUGAGAGGAGACCGAGAACUGGGGACACAGAGAUCAGUAAGAUACCUUCCCUGUCUUCAGUCCCGUGGUAAGGGCUGCAGGAGAAGUGAGUGCGGAGUGCUCAAUGUGGCAGGGAGGAUGGGGAAGGGCGUAGAGGGGAUGACACUUGAGUGACCAAUACAAAAAGAUGGUGGGAGGUGUGUCUGUUGCACAGUUGAGGAGGUAAGGACAGAAGUUUAAGGAAUGACCCCACGGUUGCAGCGAGUCACUGGAAAGUCUAGAAUUCAGACUCUGAAUUUGGCUAGCCUAAGGUUUUGCACCGAGAUAAACUACUGUAUGAAAGAUAAGCAGGUAAUUUGGGGUCAUUACUUUUUAUCCAUUGCUUCAUAAGAUUGCAAAUAUAGGAGUUCUAAAAGUGAAAGAAGCAAAUAAUCACUUUUCUGUACAUGAAAGAAGUUCUUUUUGGGAAUAAAACAAAAAGCUAGUGUUCAGAAAAAUGAAAAAUUAGACUUUUCAAGAAAAUUGUCUUAUCUUUGCCAGUAUGCUAAAAAUUGUCAGAUAUUUUUAACAUCUUCUCUGCUAAUAAAAUGUUAUUCACGAUGCAAGAUUAA